AUGCUUGUCCUGCAGAGAUGGCAACCCACCAUCUCAAGAUCUUUUCCCUCAGAGAUCCUGUUUUGGAUUCAAGUUACUAGAAUCCCAGUCCAUCUUUGGACCGAAGAGUUGAUUCAGAGUAUUGGAGAGGAUAUCAGAACAGUGGAGCAUCUUGAUGUCUCCUCCAUAGUGGCUCGGAUGAGAGUGUGUAUUAAUGGUCUCCAACCCCUUGUGAAGAUCGCCAGUGUUGAGUUCAAAAAUGAAGAAGAAAUUGAAGUUGAACUGGUUUACGAAAGACUCAAGAAGUAUUGCAAGUUGUGCUAUGGGCUGGACCACGAUGACAAAGAUUGUCCAUCAAUUAAGAUAACUAGAAACCUUCCUCUGCUGCGACAUUCGUCACAGGGAAGAAAUGAUAGAUCCUUUAAACAUUCGGAAGACAAUUCGCGCUCUUCUAGGCGGGAUACUUCUGCCCAUGGUAUUCAUGGGAAUCAUUCACGUGCAAAAGAUCGUGAUUAUCAACAGAGAGAGUCAAGAUCGCAGGAUCUUCAACAGUCUAGCAGGAAGGACUUCUCCUUCUGCUAG